UAUAUUUAUUUUGCAUUUUAGUAGAGCCUAAACAUUCUAGGCAGGCACAAGAAUUGAAGCCAAACGUUCAGUCUAUUGACGUCUCCUUAUUUGACUUGGAUUGCCUCACUUGUGUUUGGAAGGGCAGCAUAGUCUCCCGUUUGAAAAGGGUUCAAAGAACUUCAAAGUUUUGGUGGCGAGGCACGAAGUGCGCGUUUUCCCAAAACAGUCCUUUAAAGUAGACUUCAAUUCCCGCAGAAACAUCGAGUGCCAAGUUAGAAAAGUUUCUUACUAGUGGACGGCGAUUUGUGAUUUGUCCACUCGGUUUCCCUCAAGAGAUCCUACACUGGAAUAGGAACUACCCCCGAAACACACAUGGUACAUCCCAAUGCACCUUUUGAUCAUUCCAGCAGAAGCGACGGGCUGACUGUGUGUGUGUUGAACAACAUUUCGAGGUUUCUGCUGGAGUUGCGCUGUCCUGAUUUGAGCCGUGUCUGUAGUUCAACUCAUCCUGUGUCUGAACGGGGUCACAUAAGCCUUAAACAAUGGGUUUUAAAGAGUUAUUAAUCUAACUCCGUUCAUCUGAAGUGUGCUGGUACUUCAAAGAGAAACACAGAAUAAAGCGCGAGAGGAUUCUUCACGAUGAGGCUCACCGCGGUGCUUUGUGGCAGUCUUCUAACUUUCAUGCUCCUCGUCGAAGGUGUUUUAGGUGCUGCCGAAUGCUCGUGUGGAAGAAAUCACUUCACAUGUGCGGUCAGUGCGUUUGGUGAGUGCACGUGUAUCCCGGCGCAGUGGCAGUGUGAUGGUGACAAUGACUGCGGAGAUCACAGCGAUGAAGAUGGAUGCAUAUUGCCCACAUGCUCAACAUUGGACUUUCACUGCGAUAACGGUAAAUGCAUCCGGCGCUCGUGGUUAUGUGAUGGAGACAACGACUGUGAGGAUGACUCCGAUGAACAAGACUGUCCUCCACGAGAAUGUGAGGAGGAUGAGUUUCAUUGUCAGAAUGGAUACUGUAUCCGCAGCCUGUGGUACUGUGAUGGAGACAAUGACUGCGGAGAUAACAGUGACGAGCAGUGCGAUAAGAGGAAGUGCUCUGAUAAAGAGUUCCGCUGCUCGGACGGAAGCUGCAUCGCAGAACACUGGUACUGUGAUGGAGACACCGACUGCAAAGAUGGAACCGAUGAAGAGAAUUGCCCGUCUGACGUGAUGACGGCCACAUGCAGUGUUGAGGAGUUUCAGUGUGCAUACGGCCGCUGCAUCCUGGACAUCUACCACUGCGAUGGAGAUGACGACUGCGGGGACUGGUCUGAUGAGUCGGACUGCUCCUCGCACCAGCCCUGCCGUUCUGCAGAGUUCAUGUGCAGCAGUGGGAUGUGUAUCAAUGCAGGCUGGAGGUGUGACGGAGAAUUCGACUGUGAUGACCAAUCAGAUGAAAAGAACUGCAGUACGUCGAUGUGCAUGGCUGAUCAGUUUCGCUGUACGUCUGGUCGAUGUGUGCGCUUGUCCUGGCGCUGUGAUGGGGAGGAUGACUGCUCUGAUAACAGUGAUGAAGAAGGCUGUGAAAAGACCGAAACUCCUCCGUGCGCAUCGGAUCAGUUCCUGUGUGGAAACGGCCGCUGUAUUGGUCAGCGCAAGGUCUGUAAUGACGUCAAGGACUGUGAAGAUGGGACUGAUGAGCAUCCACACCAGGACUGUCGCUCCAAGUCGAGUGAAGAGAACUGCAGUGUUAACAAUGGAGGCUGCUCGCAGAAAUGCCAGAUGUCUCGAGGUCUGGUGCAGUGCACUUGUCACACCGGCUACACGUUAACUCAGGACGGGAAGACGUGCAGAGAUGUUGAUGAGUGUGCAGAUGAAGGUUACUGUAGUCAAGGCUGUACCAACAUGGAAGGAGGAUUUCACUGCUGGUGUGUGCAAGGUUACGAGCUUCGACCCGACAAACGCAGCUGCAAAGCUUUGGGUCCAGAACCGGUUUUGUUGUUUGCGAAUCGGAUUGAUAUCCGUCAGGUUCUGCCGCACCGCUCAGAGUACACGCUGUUACUGAAUAAUCUGGAAAACGCCAUCGCGUUGGACUUUCAUCAUAGCAAAGAGCUGGUGUUCUGGUCAGACGUGACACUGGACCGCAUCAUGAGAGCCAGUCUGAACGGUAGUAAUGUGGAGGAGGUCGUGUCCACGGGUCUCGAGAGCCCAGGUGGUCUGGCCAUAGAUUGGAUUCAUAAUAAGCUCUACUGGACUGACUCGGGAACGUCUCGCAUUGAAGUGGCCAAUCUGGAUGGCACCCAACGUAAAGUGCUUUUAUGGCAGAGGAUGGAGAAACCCCGUGCUAUCGCUCUGCAUCCUAUGGAAGGGAAGAUUUACUGGACUGACUGGGGAAAUACGCCAUGCAUUGAAUAUGCCAACAUGGACGGCUCUAAUCGCAAAAUAAUUGCAGAUACACACCUCUUCUGGCCCAAUGGACUUACCAUUGACUACGCCAGUCACCGUAUGUACUGGGUGGAUGCUAAACACCACAUCAUUGAAAGAGCUGACCUGGAUGGGAAGAACAGAAAGGCUGUCAUCAGCCAAGGUCUUCCACAUCCUUUUGCCAUCACGGUGUUUGAAGACAGUCUGUACUGGACCGACUGGCACACCAAGAGUAUCAACAGUGCAAACAAGUUUACUGGCAAGAACCAAGAGGUCAUCCGAAACAAGCUGCACUUUCCCAUGGACAUCCACACCCUGCACCCACAGAGACAACCUGCAGGUGGGAGAAACCGCUGUGGGAGCAAUAAUGGAGGCUGCAGUCACCUGUGUCUUCCAAGCAAUAAGACCUACACCUGUGCAUGUCCCACAGGCUUUAAAAAGGUGGACCACUAUAACUGUGGCCUGAGUCUUGACAAGUUCCUGCUUUUUGCCCGAAGGACGGACAUCCGUCGAAUCAGCUUUGACACUGAAGACAAGCUGGACGACGUCAUUCCACUGGCUGAUAUUCGAAACGCAGUGGCCCUGGACUGGGACUCUAGUGAGCGUUACAUAUACUGGACUGACGUCACCACUGAUUCCAUCAACAGAGCGAAAUGGGAUGGAAGCAAACAGGAGGUUGUGGUGGACACCAGUUUGGAAAGCCCUGCAGGUUUGGCUAUCGAUUGGCUUACACAUAAACUGUACUGGACUGACGCAGGAACGGAUCGGAUUGAAGUUUCAAACACGGAUGGAAGCAUGCGCACAGUUCUGAUCUGGGAGAACCUGGACCGCCCCCGGGACAUUGUCGUCGACCCGAUCGGAGGAUUCAUGUACUGGACAGAUUGGGGUGCAAAUCCAAAGAUUGAGCGCGCAGGAAUGGAUGCAUCCAACCGUAUGGUUAUUGUCUCAACAAACCUGACCUGGCCUAAUGGAUUGGCAAUCGACUACAGCACUGAGCGACUGUAUUGGGCCGAUGCUAGCAUUAAGACCAUUGAGUAUGGCAACUUCGAUGGAUCAGGCAGACAGGUGUUGAUUGGCAGUCAGUUGCCUCAUCCGUUUGGGUUGACGCUCCAUGAAGACAGAAUUUAUUGGACCGACUGGCAAUCCAAGAGCAUCCAAAGUGCAGACAAGCUCACUGGUUUGGACCGAAGGACUCUUGCAGAAAACCUUGAAAACCUCAUGGACAUUCACAUGUUCCACCAUCACAGAACUAAAGUCCAGACGCCCUGUUCGGUGAAUAAUGGUGGCUGCAGUCACCUCUGCCUCCUGGCUCCCGCUCCCAAAGGCUCGAGCUGUGGGUGUCCCACUGGUAUCAACCUUCAGGCGGACGGCAAGACUUGCACUCACGCAAUGAACAGCUUCCUGGUCUUUGCCCGGCGGACGGACGUCAGAAUGAUAUCUUUGGACAUCCCGUAUUUUGCUGAUGUGGUUCUACCAGUCACUGUGUCUAUGAAGAACACCAUUGCCAUUGGAGUGGAUGCAGUAGAAGGUAAAGUGUACUGGUCAGACAGUACAUUAAAGAAAAUCAGCAGAGCCAAUAUCAAUGGUUCAGAAUAUGAGGACAUUAUUUCAACUGGUCUGAUGACCACAGAUGGUCUAGCAGUGGAUUCAGUGGGCAGAAAAAUCUACUGGACGGACACAGGGACGAACCGCAUCGAGGUGGCUAAUCUCAACGGCUCCAUGAGAAAAGUGCUUGUGUGGCAGAACCUGGACAGCCCUCGUGCCAUUGCCCUGUUUCAUGAGAUGGGGUACAUGUACUGGACAGACUGGGGUGAGCAUGCCAAGCUGGAGCGCUCUAAUAUGGAUGGUUCAGAUCGUGUGGUUCUGAUAAAUAACAAUCUGGGCUGGCCUAAUGGACUGGCCGUAGACAAAGCUGGAUCACAGCUGCUAUGGGCCGAUGCUCAUACUGAGCGCAUAGAAGCAUCUGAUCUGAAUGGUUCAAACCGGAGGACCCUGGUGUCCCCCGUCCAGCACCCGUACGGUCUCACUCUGCUGGGGCCGCACAUGUACUGGACAGACUGGCAGAGCCGCAGUAUUCAUAGAGCGGACAAGGACACUGGAGCAAACACCAUCACCGUCCGCUCCAACUUACCCGGCCUCAUGGACAUCCAGGCUGUUGACCGGGCAAGAGCUUUGGGCUUCAAUAAAUGUGGCAGGAGAAACGGUGGCUGCUCUCACCUGUGUCUGCCUCGACAUAAUGUGACGUCUUGUGCGUGUCCCACUGGUAUUCUGCUGAGAAGUGAUGGGAGAUCAUGUGACAAUUUGCCUGAAACAUUCCUGCUCUUUUCAAAUCGUGUCAGUGUUCGAAGAAUCUCUCUAGACACUAAUGACCACACAGACGUGUACGUGCCCGUGCCCGAGCUGCAUAAUGUGAUUUCCUUGGACUAUGACAGCGUGGAGAGGAAACUCUACUACACGGAUGUGUCUCUGGAUGUUAUAAGACGGGUGGAUUUAGAUGGCAGCAAUAUGGAAACUGUGAUCAGUCAGGGUCUGAAGACGACUGAUGGACUUGCUGUUGACUGGGUGGCACGUAACAUGUACUGGACAGACACUGGUCGUAACACUAUUGAAGUGGCUCACUUAGAUGGUACGUCUCGGAAAGUUCUGGUCAAUAACAGUCUGGACGAACCUAGAGCCAUCGCAGUGUUUCCUAGCAAGGGGUUCUUGUUCUGGACGGAUUGGGGUCAUAUUGCAAAGAUUGAGCGCGCAUACCUAGAUGGCACAGAGAGGAAAGUUCUCAUCAACACAGAUCUGGGAUGGCCAAACGGCUUGACACUGGACUAUGACACUCGAAGGAUCUUUUGGGUGGAUGCACACUUGGACCGCAUAGAAAGUUCUGACUUGAAUGGCAAACUGCGUCAAAUUCUCAUCAGCCCUGUAUCACACCCGUUUGCCCUCACGCAGUUGAAACCGGUAUACUCUCCUUUAACUCCUUUUUCCCGAAUCUCACAGCAAGACCGUUGGAUUUACUGGACGGACUGGCAGACCAAGUCUAUUCAACGAGUAGAUAAGCAUACAGGUCGUAGUAAGGAAACUGUGCUGGCUAAUUUAGAGGGACUCAUGGACAUCAUAGUGGUGUCGCCACAAAGACAGACUGGAACGAAUCAUUGCGGUGUGAAUAACGGGGGCUGCACACACUUGUGUCUUGCGCGGAGUAAUAGUUUUGUCUGCGCUUGUCCAGAUGAGCCUGACGGCAGACCCUGCUCUACAAUCUCUGGUUACAUUCCCACUGCACCCGAGAAGGACUCCAAAGGUACUCAAGCCCCCAAAAAACACCCCACACAGAAACCUCGUCAGGGCCUGUCAGGGGGCAACUGUACAGACGCAAGCCUCAAUCUGGAGGACUGCAUCCAGAACAGUGUGGUGUCUGCACCUCGGGACGAGAGCCCUCAUAUCAGCUACGUGAUUGGUGGAGCUCUGUCAAUACUGGCCAUCCUGAUACUCAUCGCUGCGUUCCUUAUUUACAGGCAUAAAAAAUUCAAGUUUGCAGAACCAGGAGUGAGCAACUUGACUUACAGCAACCCUUCAUACAGGACAUCAACACAGGAGGUUAAAAUAGAGACUGCACAGAAACCGGCAAUAAACAACCAGCUGCGGUAUAAAAAAGAGGUCCAGGGCGUUUGUGAUGCAGGCUACACUAAAGAGAAGAUCCGCAUCGUGGAAGGCGUGUGUCUGCUCUCUGGAGAGGAUCUUUACUGGGAAGACUUGAGACAGCUGAAGGUGUGUCGAGGAGCCGGGCUUCACGCCUGCAUGCGUACAGACACGGUCUCUCUACAGGCCAGCUCCGCCUCUCUGAACGACGGAGAGACCGAGCAGCUGCUGCAGGGCGACCAAUCAGAGUGCUCGAGUCUAAGCACCGCCCACGCCGUGACGGCUCCGCAUCACAGCACACAUCCCGACACCGGCUGGGUCCCCAACCGUAAAACCUCGACUGAGAGCGAAGUGUGAACUCCACUAACAAACACGGCAGGCAUAUAUGAGAGAACAGAGACUUCUGAGCAGAAAAAGGCUUGAAUACACACUGUUUUUAGAAGUUAAAACAGUAGGUUCAGUCACACGGACCAUAUACACUUAAGCAACUGAAACAGAGGGAAGCUAAUGCAUACAUACACCAACAGCCAAAUUAACUGUAAAAAGUUUUGAGACAGACCUCAUACUUGAAAGUUUCCUUUGCAUUGCUCUAAAUGUCAAUAAUACAUGUAUAAAAAUGGUACGGUGACGUGCACACAAACCCUCCAUCAUCUCGCUCCGUUCAUCUGGAUCUCCUGUCGGACUACGCUACACACUUUUUGUAAACUCUGGAGAUGCACGAAGCUCGCUGGAGUCUGAGACCUUGUGAGAAGGAAAAAGAAAGAGUCUGACAGAUCAUUCGAGCCUUUUUUGUACACGAGAGAAACUCUCUGAAGUAAACUGCUCUUUGUUUCUAAUGCGAGCUCAUGUUUUCAGUCCACGGACUGUCGGUUCAGUCGGUUUCUCGCGAGGUGUGUCCGCGUCCAGUCCUCAUCUUGCCACGAUGAAAUGUAUUUAUGAACUUUCUGUACUUUGGAUUGGGUUUUUAAUGUUUUCGUAUUUUGAAGUAGUUUUAAACGCAUCGUAACUGUUGAAAGACUCGCUCACACAGGUUUGUGAUGGUGCCAAAGGACAGAAGAAUCUGUUUUUCAGUUUCACUAAUUAUUUCUAAUAAAUUACAGUCCAUUUGAAAGAGUAUUACAGUUAUUUUGUCAAAGAUGAAGCCAGUUUUUAAAUAUGUUUGGAUUAAGAAUUUUUGAAUGUUUCUGAAGACUUUUCUGCUUACCAAAGCUGCAUUUAUUUGAUCAAAACAAUACAGUAAAAAUAGAAAUAUUGUAAAAUAUAUUCCAAUUUUAAAGAACUACUUUCUCUUGUAAUAUAUUGUAAAAUGUAAUUUAUUUCUGUGAUGUUCAGCUGUAUUUUCAGCAUCAUUCCUCCAGUCUUCAGUGUCACAUGAUCUUCAGAAAUCAUUCUAAUAUGAUGAUUUACUGCACAAAAACAUUUCUGAUUAUUAUCAAUAAUGAAUACAAUUUUCUGAUUAAUAUUUUCUGCCAUUAAGAUGUUUUAGGUAAAAGAAAAAAAGCACAACUUUUAUUUUGCAUUGUUGAUCGAAAGUGACAGUAAAGACAUGUUACAAAAGGUUUCUUUUCAAAUAAAUGCUUUUCUUUUGAACUUUUUAUUCAUCAACUAAUCCUGAAAAACAUUGUUUUACAAAAAAAGUCAAUAUUUUCAAUAUUAUUAAUAAUAAGAAUCACUAUUAAUAUUUGUGCACCAGUAGUAAAUAGUAUUAGUAGUAAAUGCAGACUUGGUGAGCAUAAGAGACUUAUUUCAAAAACUUUAAAUAAUCUUUUUAUUAUUCCAAACUUAUUCAUACAUAUGUAUAUAAAUAUGGUACGUGCUUCUGGCUUUUCUUUUUUGAUGUUAAAAUAUGUUCAGAGUUAAUAUAGCAACCAAAACAAACAACAGUUGAGCAGAAUCUGUAAAGCACCUUACUGUUGCACAUGAUUUAGCCGUGUAUGAAAUGAUAAGGCCAUGCUAAUUGUGUAGGUGAAUAUGACGGACAGGUGAACGUCCAGGUCAUGCUGACCCCAAAAUGAAAAGAAAUAAGACAAGUUUUUUUUUUUUUUUCUAAUUACCGUAAUGCAAAUAAUAAUAGAUUCUCAUUAUUGUAAUAUUUAUGACCCUGAAGCACAAAACCAGUCUUGAGUGUCAAUGAAGAUAAAUUGAGAUUUAUAUUAUUAUAUAUCUUCUCAAAGCUGAAUACAUCAUCUUUUCAUUGAUGUAUGGUUUAUAAGAAUCGAGACAAUGUUUGGCUGUGAUGCAACUAUUUUAAAAUCUGGAAUCUGAGGGUGCAUAAAAAUAAAAAUAUUGAGAAAAUCAUCUUUAAAGUUGUCCAGAUGAAUUCUUAGCAAUGCAUAUUACUAAUCAAAAAUUAAGUUUUGAUAUAUUUACAAUAAGAAAUUAACUGAAAUAUCUUCAUGGAACAUGAUCUUUACUUAAUAUCCUAAUGAUUUUUGGCAUAAAAGAAAAAAACUAUAAUUUUGACCCAUACAAUGUAUUUUUGGCUAUUGCUACAAAUAUACCCCAGAGACUCAAUACUGCUGCUUCGGUGCUCCAGGGUCAAAUAUUUUAAUUGUAAAGCAUUUAAAUAUGCUGAUUUAAAUAAUUUUACUUACUGUAAUACAGUAAAAAAAAUACUGUAUUCAUUAGAAUUGAAUAUGAGAUUUAUUAUUUAGGAUAAUGAGGCUGAGAACAAUGUGGAAAAAGUGUUUUAUGUUCAUCAAAAUAAUCUCGCUUUGCAAAAGUGCUGAAUAUUAGACCUUUAAUUCAGAACAGUUUAUUUUUAUUUUGGCUCGAGUUUGGCUCGGACGUGAUUUCUAUUUUAGUUGUUGUUGUUGUUGUGAUAUUCACCUGUAUAUUUGGAAGUGUUUAUGAUGCUUUCGGGUUUGUUUUGUACAGGUUUAUUUUCUGUAAAGUUUCUUCGAGGGUUGUUUGAUUUCUCAGAUCCACCUCGGAGGACGUUCUCCAGGGUUCAGGACUUGGUUUUUGCUGCUAAAACUCAUGGCGCGUUCAGGCCACACAGUAGUUUAUUGGUCUUGGCAGCUCAGAUCAGAUUGUUGGCUGACGAUGUUUAGUUCCUCUUCUUCUCCUCCUUGUUUUACAGAAAAGAUGUCAGAUAUCCACAAUGUAUUUUGAGCAAACAUGCAUUAAUUUGAUUCGUUUUAAACUCUAUAACCACUUCAUUUGUUUGUAGGGUUGGUGCCAGUUAUUUAACAGUGUGCUCUUUGUCUUUUUGUAACUGCUGUAAGUUAACUAAGAUAUAUUUAUAAUUUUCAUUGGUUGUAACUUGUAUGUAAAUAUGAAGAUGCUGUAUAUGUAGUUCUCCUUUGCAAUACUAACAAACUGUGUGUGACAGUGGUUUACUUUGCUUUUUUUCUAUCUUUAAUAUAAAAUUGCAUUUGCUUUUGAAUACAAAUAUGGUAA